ACACAUGGUUGAUGAAUCAACAUCCAACUCACCAUACUCAACCCAAGUACCAACCGGAGUAACAGACAGCAAUAUACAUAUGGUUGAUGAAUCAACAUCCAACUCGCCAUACUCAACCCAAGUACCAACCGGAAUAACAGACAGCAAUAUACAUAUGGUUGAUGGACUAAUUACAAACUUACCUCCUACCUCAAAAAUUGUCCCAACCGGGAUAACCGACCAAUUUAUCCACAUGGUCGAUGGAUCUUCAAAGUACUCUUCCUUACCACUAACCUCAAAUUUUCCUGACAUUACGGAAAUAUCAAUUUUGUCUGAUCAAAGUAACUUUCUUGUAAAGGGAUACACUGAUUCCAAAAAUACGCCGGCCUCUCCAUCAUAUAGGGCAGCCAUUUUGAAUGGUAGACGGAAGCGCUUCAUCUCCUGUCAUGUGUGUUGCAGGGGAGAUCUUUGCAAUGAUUUGUGCAGCCCUAAUAGUCCUUUAACACCUACACCAGCCUACUUUACCAUUUCUCCGCCAUCGAAUCCUACAUCAAGUACUGAUCACCAAACAACAUCUGCAACACUUAUAUCAACUCUUACAAGGUCCACACCUACCACGUCGAAUCCUACCACACCAUCUCCUACUCCUACCACAUCUAAUCCUUCCACACAUACGCCUGCUCGUACCACGUCGAAUCCUACCACACCAUCUCCUACUCGUACAACAUCUAAUCCUACCACGCAUAUGCCUGCUCGUACAACGUCCAAUCCUACCACACCAUCCCCUAUUCGUACCACGUCCAAUCCUACCACACAAUCUCCUACUCGUACCACGUCCAAUCCUACCACACCAUCUCGUACUCGUACCACGUCCAAUCCUACCACACCAUCUCCUACUCGUACCACGUCCAAUCCUACCACACAUCCUACUACAACUACCUCCAGGACUACAACAACAAAACCAACAGCAUUUCCAGUUACAUAUACAGGCCUAUCUGGUUCAGAGUUUCUACUUGCCUUGUCAAAGCACAAAAAUCUACAGAAUGCAGAUAAUGUCUCCAUGGUGAUUACCUCCCCUAAUAAUGGAAUGAUCAGUGUUUACUUUGAAAAUACCAAAUCCUUCAUUAAUACCACUCUAACAAAGGGUAGAAACAUUAUAUCGUUAGAUCCAUCCACUGCAACCUCAGUGCCUUGGAAUGAACAGAAAGGAAUUUACGUCAAAUCUAACGUUAACAUAUCUGUCCAUGUAAUGGAGUAUAGAAAUGGUAGUGACACUGCCUUCUCUGUGAUUCCUGUCCCUGACUUGUCUAACCGUUACGUGGCAGCAUCAGCCAAAGGAACGAAGGACAGCCCCUCCUUUAUUACUGUUGUAGCGCUACAUAAUGACACAAAAGUAAGAUUUAACCUCAGACUCGAGGACAAAAACAGAUAUGUUUAUAUAAGUCCAUGGAGAAACUACCGAUAUGAAAAUGGGGAAAGCUUCAACAUAACUUUAAAUCAGUACGAGACUUUUCAACUAGAGGUCAAUGGAACCGAUUUGACAGGUACAGUAAUCGAUAGUUCCAAACCAGUGGCUGUUUUUUCUGGAGCUAAAUCAACAGUUAUUCCAUCAACAGUAUGUACUCAAGACUGCGAGACUCAAAAGGUUAUACAAAUGAUUCCACCUACAGAUGCUUUAGGUACAGAUUUCAUAAUUCCAAAGCUGCAAAACAGACAAACCUUUACUUAUAAGAUUAUUGCUUCAGAGGACAGAACGCAAGUGGCCGUAAACGGUAAAAUUGUAAAUCUUCCGACAGCAGGAUCUUUCAAAGAAUUCGAAACAAUGACUAACAAAUCAAUUUGUAUUUCGAGCAAUAAGCCAAUUCUCGUACUCCAAAUGACUGAAGAUAUGAAACCGGUAAAGGAGAACGCUAGUGGUGCAAUGUUAGUUACCCCAGCUAUCCAGCAAUUCAAAAGCGAUUAUCACUUCAGUGUUUCUGAUGAUGGUGAAUACAAACAUUUCAUUUCCAUUAUUACAAAGAAGGGCCAAGAAGGGGGACUUGUCCUUGACGACAAACCGUUUAAUCAAAUUAACGCUACUCUGGAAACAAUUGCCUUAAAUGGGUCACCCUACGUUGUAAUAAAUAUUCCUUUGAGUCAACUGCAUUCCCAUGAUGUAGAAAAUUUACAGGGACAUCCAUUUGGACUAAUGGCGUAUGGUUUUAAGCAUAAUCAAGGAUAUGGAUAUCCAGUGGGGCUAAAAUUAACGCAUUACCAUUACUUCUGUAUUUCUUCCUCAGUUCUGUCACUAAUGUGUUUAUCCUGUAGAGGCUCUAUCCAGCCCCGCCAUUGUCACAGUAUAACUUACUGUGCAGAGGAUGAGGUUUGUAUAGAACAGAAUCAAACUCUUCACAUACACGGGAGUGAUGACGGUAAUCUCCGCCCACCUACGUGUACAGAAUGUUGUGAUACCGACCUAUGUAACGCUAAAGGAUGCACCGAACCAGGUUACCCUCCACUGAGUAGUAGAGGACCUGUCUGUUUAGCUUGUACUCAGCACUUUGACAGUCAGGAAUGUCGACAAAUAGCUCACUGUAGAGAUUCUGAGUUGUGUUUCAUCAAGGAGGAAUCAGAAUUUGGUGAUAAAGUUUAUUCCUCAGGAUGCAUGCCAUUUCAGCAAUGUAUAAGCAUAGUAUCCAAUAACCACGCUGUGGUGGAUUUAUCGAACAUGCAUCAUCACACAUACUCGACAACAAGAAAAGCAACAACACAUUUACCGACUUCAAGGACAACUAGAACAACACGGUUACCAACAACAAGGACAACUAGAACAACACGUUUACCAACAACAAGAAUAACUAGAACAAAAACACAAAUAACACCAGGGACAACUAGAGCAAUGACAACAAUACUGCCUCCGUGGUCACCUUCACCAAAACCCAUUUUAUCUACCACAACUGAUGCAGAUCCCGUUCCUAUUGUUGGCAAGAGAGAUAACAACAGACAUAAGAGGUUCACAUCUUGUGAACACUGUUGUCGAGGAGAUUUGUGUAAUGAUGUCUGCGUACACUACAACCGGUCACACCCGCCCCAUGUAAUGAUUGAUCUGGUUUCAAUAUUGCUUUUACUGAGUGCAGAAUUGUCACAAGGAUUAGCCUUGAUGUGUCUGCAGUGUGUCAACGUCAUUCAACCACGUCACUGUCACGGUAUCACCUACUGUGCUGAAAACGAGGUUUGCUUCGUGGAAAAAGUUGCUUCAUCCGAUGGAAUUCGCUACAACUCAGGAUGUAUGCUGAAUGAUGUAUGCGUGAGACAGAAUUCCACCGGUUCUAUAACGGCCUAUACAAACGGAUUGAUGCAGACGAUAACUUGCACUGAAUGUUGCAACUCGAAUCUGUGCAACUCGAAAGGUUGUGGCGAACCAGGGUUUCCGGUUAACCGAGGUCCCGUGUGUUUAGGGUGUACUCAGAUACGUAACGCUUCAGACUGCCAGACGAUAACCUACUGUAGAGAAUCGGAGGUUUGCCAUAUAACAGAGGUUUAUGAGUUUGGGGAUCGAAUAUUUUCCACAGGAUGUAUUCAUUCACAGCUGUGUUCGACUAUAGCUCCCAGACCCUAUGCAAUGUUUGAAUUGUCCUCCUGGCAUAAUUUCACAAGACCAGCAAUUUCAACUGUUCCAACAACGUCAUCUCAUCACGUGAUCACAACAAAUACUACAAGGGUUCAAUCACAUACUCACCAUACUAGACCAACACAUAAACACUCGGUUACUGCACCUAUUGGUGUCGUUGUUGUGGGCAGAAGAUCCGUACAGAGGCGCUCUGUAGACUGCAAUCAGUGCUGCUCCGGUGACUUAUGUAACUAUGAAUGCGACAAAGGAGGAUCAACACAACCAUCUGGCGAAAAUCCAUCACCAUCGUCUGCAUCAAGCAGUGCAACUACAGAACCUGUGACCAGCCCACUUAUAUUUUCCACACAGUCUUCUGUUAUCUCCCUUACCACACCGAGCCAGAAACCUAUCAAUAUCCAAAGUACUACAGGAAAGGAAUUUCUUCUAGCCUUUUCAAAACACGAAAACGGAAAUGACGCAGACAACAUUACUUUGCUAUUUACAUCCAAUCAAAAUGGACACCUAAGUAUAUUUCUUCCUGGAAACAAUGCUUACAUUAACACAACAAUAACAAAGGGAGAUAAUUUAAUCGAACUAGACCCGCAUAUCACUCUUAACGGUCUCCAAAAGGAAAAUAAGUCUGUACAUAUCGUAACUGACGUAAACGUAACAUUGCAAGUGCAAGAAUAUCGAAACGUUUUUGACACGGGUUAUCUGGCUUUACCUUCGCAUUGUUUGUCUAACAAAUACAUUGUAUCAACUGAAUCUGCAUUUGACGGAGCAAAUCCAUCUUACGUCACAGUUGCUGCUCUGAGGAACAACACAGAAAUUUCAUUUACUCUUUCAAUCAGCGAAAACGAUACAAUAGAUUACAACGGUAAAGGUUAUGGUAACGGAGAUACAAUUAACGUGACCUUAGAUCAGUAUCAGACGUUUCAACUAGCGAGUGUCACAGAUUUUACUGGAACCGUUGUUCAAAGCUCAGAACCAGUUUCUGUUCUGUCUGGUAACACGGCCACAGUGGUUCCAAAACCUUCAGAUUCGUCCAAGAUCUUUGACGCCCAAACUCUUACUCAGAUGAUACCACCGGUGAAAUUUCUCGGACAAAAUUUUAUAAUUCCAAAAUUACAGGACAGGCAUAGUUUUUAUUACAAGAUAAUUGCUUCCUCUCCAAAUACGCACGUGGCAGUGGAUAACAAGUACAUAACGCUUCCAAAAGAGGGAGCCUUUCAGGUGUUUGAAUCCUUUCAUGGAAGGUCUGUUAAUGUUUCAAGUGACAAACCCAUUUUAGUUGUUCAAGUUCCGAAGACAAUGCAGUCGCAUUUCGAUACUGCCAGUGGAGCAAUGAUUAUAACUCCCUCUGUUGAACAAUUUAAAUCUGAGUACGCUGUUAUCGUUCCUGACCCACCAAAACGAAAUCUUCAAACUCAGUACAGAUCUUAUAUUUCCAUCAUGACUGAAUCUAAGGACGUUGAUAAUAUUCUUAUUGACGGAAGAAAAUACGAUACCUAUAAUUCCAACCUGCAGACCGUACAUCUAAAGGAUAAAGUUUAUUCCGUAAUAACAAUGGAGAUGGACAUACCGGGUCUACAUGAGAUAAAGAGCGUGUCUGGGAAUCCCUUUGGUUUAAUAACAUACGGAUUUGAUUUUGCACAGGGUUAUGGAUACCCUGUAGGACUUAAAUGUUAAACAUAUGCUCAUUUAUCUAUAGGUGCUAAGUAUUAAAAAU